AUACAUAUUUAUAAUUGAUGAAUUUAUAAAGCUGACACUCAGCGGUAAGCAACGUUAGCUGAAGAUGUGUAAACGGUAAUUUGAAAUAAUAAACGUGAAUGAAAAAACUCACCUAUGCUGCAUCGCAAUUCGUCUCCACGGUGCAAGAAACAGCCCAGCCUCGAUCCUGAAGUUAUCCGUGGGGUCUCUAGACAGUUAUUGCCUCCAAAUAGUACCAGGUUAAUGUCCAGUGAAGGAGAACAUAUCGCAAAAGUAGAGAAAUCUCUAAAUCAAGUUACCUUGUUGGGCCGGGUUGGAACUGAUCCACAAAAACGAGGCUCAAUCGAACAUCCUGUUAUAACAUUUUCAAUGGCAACUCAUACAAACUACAAAUAUGAAUCUGGUGAAUUCAUCCAGAGAACUGAUUGGCACAGAAUUUGUGUAUUCAAGCCUAUCUUAAGGGAUACUGUUUACACUUACUUGAAAAAAGGCACCAGAGUCUUGGUUAAUGGUAGAGUAAGUUACGGUGAGGUUAAAGAUGAAGGCGGCAAUCAAAAAUCUACCACAUCUAUUAUUGCAGACGACGUAAUAUUUUUUCAAAGAAACGCCUAGUAAAAUAAUUAGAAAGAUAAAAAUGGAUAUAAUGGUGUAAUCAUAACUCGGUUGUAACCUAAGAUACAUUAAACAUCGUUGUUUCUCUACUAAUUGACACUGUUUCCUGAAUCCUGAUCGUUUCAUUUCAAGACAUACUUUCAUUCAGCUUUGAAAAACAAGACUUGUAAUUCGUUCGAAAGAAGUGACAGUUUCAUAGAAGUGUAGAUCAGGGAAGUAGAAACAAAUUUCUCAUCUUAAUAAGUAAAUAAGUCUAUAUUUACAAAUUCUCCGUCAUUUAGAUAACAGGUUACAUAAUGAAAUGACAUAUUACGAGUAGAAUUUUACGGAUAUCAAUCAUGUUUUAUACACGCUUAUAUAAUAGAUUUCUGGACCGUAUCUUUAUUUUUUCUUAUGGAAUAAGAUCACCUACAAUAAUUUCAACUUUCAAAUAUAAAUUAUUUACAUUCAAUAAAAGAAAAUGAAAAAUGUAUGUAUGAUUAUGUGUGUGUGUGUAUAUAUAUAUAUAUAUAAUAUAUAUAUAUAUAUAUAUAUAUACGCACCCAUUUAUCCAUCUAUCUAUAUUGGGCUCUCUUUAGACACGCAGGAUUUUAUUUUUCUUUGUUUUUAUUUUUACUCUUUUACUUAGAGAGAUCACAGUAUAGGUAUACGAAGCCAGAUAUAAUGUUCAAAUAUUUCUUUCAACUCGGAAAUUUCGUGUAAAAAUACAAUAUCUCUUGCUAAUUAAUUUUACAGGCGAUUAGUUACUUGGAUAUUCAUUUACGAACAUCUCGAUGUGGAAUGUCACGCCACAAUCACAUCACAACGUUGAAAUUUCGAAUAUAAAUUUUGGUAGUAAAAUAUAUAACUCUGGCCCCAGUAUUUCAUAAAAAUUCUAGUAUUUUAAUAAAUUUUCUUCAAUUAGCGAUAAUGUUAUUUGUUUAUUUACAUGUGGAGAUCCUAUGUAAUCUACAAUAUAAUUGGGUAUUAAUUAUUCGACUCUAUCAACCCUUCUUGCUAUCUGUUACUCGCAACAAACACUUUGUGAAUUAUGCGGAUUUAUGAAGAAACCAGAAUAAAAGAAGGGGCUGGAAAGGAGAGGAGAGGAGACGGGAAGGAGCAGAUAGGCAUACGUACUUCCGCGGCUCGUAUCCGUUCUACCAUUUUGGUUAGACCGCUUAAAGCGUGUGUUAUUACGUCAUCACACUUCAUCGUAAUUGUUACUAAUAGUAUUAUUCUUGGCACAAGUAUUAAA